UUAACGAGACCCAGGAGGACGGGAAUUAAACAAUACGAGAUAAAACAAAAAAGACGCUAAUACGUACGCAAACUAAGGAAAAGAAAGAAACAAAAAAUAGCAAGAGUCCAGUGAAUCUGUACAAUCUGAAUGACCAUGUGAUAACAAAUGUCCGGGAGAAUGAAAAUGGAACGAAAGAGAUAACGAGAUGUUAAAAUAUCGCAGAGAGAUCGUUGGUGGAUGUAGGCGACGGCUGUUUCUACAUCGGGAUGGGUGGUAAAAGCGCGAAACCCACGGUUCCCUCCUAUGAGCCCUACCAGUGCUGUCCCGCGAAGCCGAACCAAGCAACGAGGGUUGCCAAAGUCAGCCGUGUAACGGCAUCGCAAAAGGGUGCAACGGGAGGUGGAAAAUUGAGCAACAGCGGUGUAACCUCCAAGUUAAGUACGAGCAAGUCAAACCUCGGAAAAGCAUCGUCGGCUAAGACGACAUCGAGCUCGUCGAACUUAGUGCCGGCGCUCAAACCGAUAAACAAGCUAACGGCUAAGGACAGCAAAAAGAUCGCUUCGGUCGUGGACACGAACGGCGUUGGGGGCAAAACGGUAGGGAACAAGGCGAACACCAACACGGCGAACAAAGCCAACAACAACCCUGUUAAAUCGUCCAAGGGCAAGAAGGGAUUUUUCGGAAGCGUUGUCGCCGGGAUUCCGUACCUAAUGAAGGUCUAAUUAGCGACGACGAUCGAUCAACGGAUCGUCGGGUCGUGCGACAACCUACGACCGAAGAGGGGUCGCGAGAACUCACGACGUAACACACAAACCCUCCGAACACACGACACUCAUGAAAAUCUUCUUUUCUAUCUGUGUCGACUCGAGGAAGCGUUACUUAUUAGGUCUACGAAAAAUAAGAAAGUAAAAAAUGCGUCGUCAUCACCAUCGUUGAACAAACAGCAAAGGGGAAAAAACUUUUUAAAAAUUUUAUACUUUUUUCUUCUGUCAUCGUCGUAGCCAUCGUUCUCAAAAAAAGCUCCGCGUCCUUUGAUCUCGGACGCCCAAACUACUAAUUUUAAUGACGUUAUCACAUCUUCGAACACAAGGGAAACGCGUUCACGAUUCAUUGAAGAAGCUUUAGUCAUUUAUUUUUAUCCUUUAUUUAUUUAUUCAAAUAUUUAUUUAUUUAUUUAAAUAUUUAUUUAUUUAUUCAUGUUUACGAAAUGGUGUGUUUAAAGAUACCGAGAUUUUUUAAACGCACAUGUGUAUAAAGAGAUAUAUUUAUUAUGUAUUUAUGAUCUUCUUCUCAUCCGCGCGUCUCCCUGACGAAAAAAAAAAAAAAAAAAAAAAAAAAAACACUUGCAUGCCGAUUUACAACUUACUAUUGCAUUUUUUUAUGCCUGUCUUAAAGCAAAAAGCAUAAUUAUUCAUUUGCAAUUAUAACGCCGCAUAUAAAACUUACUGUUGCAUUUGUCACGCCUAUAAUUUAAAAAAAAUCACGAAUAAACGUUGAACUGCAACAUCAUCGAUCCAAAUGUCGUAGUUUAUACGCGUUAUAUUUUAGCAACUUUUAGCAACAACAGUCGUGUUAACUGCGGGGAACUUGGUCAGGAAAAUAAAUUCAUCUAUUUUCGAGUUUCGCGACGGAAAAAUGGUCGGCUAUUUUAUCGCGACUAGUUUUCACAUUGUUUAAAGCAGGAGUUCAAACACAUUAGAAACAUGAUUGAAUUGAAAGAGUAAAAACCAAAGUUUAUUGGAGACUUUGCAGAAAAAAAGAAAGGGAAAGAGCUACUCUCUACUUUUUUCGAAAGAAAAAAAAACGUUGUUGAAAUAAUGAAAAAAUCAACGGAAAUGUGACUCGUUGAUGAGUAUUGUUUGAAUAUAUUUUUUGUUGAAAUGAGCGAAUGAUCGAACGGUCAAUCGAUCGAUCGAGUGCAGAUGAUUGAUUGAUUGAUCGGUGAUCCAUUGGAUAAAAUCGUCUGGUACGUAACACGAGAAAACCUUUGAUUCAUUGUGCCACGUUUGUCCCUGCGAAUGCGGCAAAAAAUGUACGAUUCAUUUGUUUCUCAAUUAAGGUGUCUCGCAAAACCGCAUUUCCGUUUUAGCAUUUUUUUUCUCGUCCGCGUGUUUCGUGCCAGGCUGCAAUCGUCCGAUUCCUCUCUAUUAUACCCUCUGUCUUCAGCGCGUUUAGCUCUUACACGAAAGAAAAUGCGAUCUUAGAAUUAAGGGUGGAUACUAAUGCCGGUUGCUUUAGGCAUGUUUAUCAUCGUCAUUACUAACUCGUUGUUUCUUCUGUCACUCAUUUUCGCUAUCAAGUCUGUGAGGAAUGAUUUUCUCGUUCUCUCAUUCUCACCCCCUUCAAUCUCUCUCUCUCUCUCUCUCUCUCUCUCUCUCUCUCUCUCUCUCUCCCUGCUGUCAAUUAAAAUCUGUUUCCGUCUCUAAACUUCAUCAUGAUGAAAAUAAUACUUUUGUUCUUCUCGCCUCGUUCAUUCUCACUAAGGAGCGUACAUAUUAUUUCAGAAAAGCCUCUAAUGCCAGCGCCAUAAGACGUGCCCCCCAGGCAUAUAAUGAAAACGAAAAAAAGCAAACGCGAAGUAAAGAAAAACCUGAAUGUUUAGCUCUCCUAAUCCCAGUUUAGGGACGAUUAGACGAACUACGUUUAUUCUCAUCUCGUAAUCGUAUAACUCAUUCAUUUCGGGCACGAUCGCACGCUUCAUUAAAAUAAGGCGAAAAGAUGUAAGACUCUCACUCCGAUAUUUAUUUGCGAGUGUUCAACGAAUCUUCUCGUCCGUUGUACAACUCAUUUUCAUUGCAAAUGCAAAUGUAUUCAUGCACUCGAUAUAUUAUUCAUGUACAGUGAUGUAGAGCAAUCUCAUGUACGGAUAAGAAAACAAAAACGCCAACAUUACGAUGAAAUAAAUAUAUGUUUCCUACUA